AUGUCUGGGUUGACUCUCGGGGGAGGUUCUGGUGGCCGUGUGCGACCGACACAAGCCGCCGCCGCUGGCUUUCCCGCUACGCAUGAUUUCGCCGGCUUCGAUCGCUCGUCCUCCUCGAAAGCCCCCUCUUCCAGCCGCCAUCCCAACUUCGCUUCCCAUAAUUUUGCUACGCCGUCGCAGCUCUCUGACGAUUUCUCUCUCGAGUCACCGUCGGACUCGGCUCAGGCCCAUGACAGCCUGCUCGGAGACUCAUUAUUUCCGGAAUGGAGAGCUGAUACUCCGAAAGGGAUCGACAGUCCUGAUGAGAUGCAGAGGAGGGAUCCGUUAGCGACUCAGAUAUGGAAGCUUUAUUCUAGAACCAAAGCUCAGUUGCCCAACCAAGAGCGCAUGGAAAAUUUGACUUGGCGGAUGAUGGCUCUGAGUUUAAGGCGUCAGGAAAGGGAACGCGCCCAGCAACAGGCCCUGUUCUCCAGCCAGAACAGUCCUGUUCCGGCCAUGAGUGGUAUUGCUCAGCUCCGUCUCUCCGAUCGUGCCUCCAAUGCCCCGGCCCAUACUGCGGACACACUCCCCGAUCCUAUGAACCUUGACGAUUUCAUCAUUCCGUUUUCUCCUCCCGACCACCCCUCCCCUCCAACCACGAAACUCUCGGAGCCGACGCCUGGCGCUAUCCCUAUCAAGUCUCGCAGGGAUCAACCCGAGUCUGAGGCCACUCCCGUACCUGCAUCGUUCCCUCACCCCCCUCAGGACCAGCGGAGGGAUAGUGAGUUUGGUUACGUGCCGCGCAGAGUUCGCAAGACGAGCGUCGACGAGCGUCAGUUCUUCAACCUGCAGAUUCCUUCCCGCAAGCGGCCGGCAGAGUCAUCUCCUCACGUGCCACCCUUGUCUAACAAUCUGUUGGCUCAUGACCCGGAUUUUGCGCAUGCUGUGCCGGAGUAUACCUUGGACUCUUCGCACGGGUUUUCUCUGCAUAACCAAGUGAACAGUCAGAAUCUCGCUAGCGCUCACAACCACCACACUUCUCCGGGUAUGGCAUUUGCGCUAGAUAGCUUCAACCUCGGCGAUGAUCCCAUUCUUUCAUCUGCAGGGCCUUAUCAACAGCAAUUUGCCUUUCCGCCGAGCGAUUCGCCAAUGACUACUGGAAAUCCUUUUGCCAACCUCUACGCUCAAACUCCGAUCGCCUCGUCGCUGAACUCAACCGACUUCUUCUCUCCUCCACCUUCUGGAUACCAGUCGACUGCGUCGACUCCACAACCCGGUUACGAUGGCGAACACUCCAAGUACUUCGAUAUGCCUGCUGAUACACGGGCGCAGCGCAGAGUUCCCAACUAUGUUACUCAGCGGUCGUCAAAUCUUUCUGCGUCCCUGCAACCCCGAUAUAUGUAUAACCAGGGAAGUUCAUCCCAGGAUGUUUCACAUCAAACUGGGCAAAUGAGCAAUCAGUCGUUCUCGAUCCCCCAGCAUGUUGAUCCAAACCAGGUGUUGAAUCCGAAUGAUUUCAAUGGGAACAACUCUGCUAUGUUCACCUUUGGUGCAGACUCUGAUAACGAGGAUGAGGAUGACGGGGGCCAGUUCAGGAGCGGUGGAUUGGCGAUGCCCGCCGAGUUUGGCGACGAAACCAUCGGUGAUCUGAAUGGCAAUAUGCCGUGGGAUACAUCCUAUCCCAGUUCGUUCCAAUCGCUACCUGGUUUUACCCCCCAGCAUCGGAAGCACGUCACCAUCGGGUCGGCCGAUAUGAUAGACGCCCCCGGAGAGUGGAACCAGAGUGGGAGCUUGGGGCGAACUCAUGGAUCGGUUGCGUCCGUCAGUGAGGUUCGCAAUCGGGAUCAAGAUCCACGAAGACAAAAGAUUGCUCGCACAACAUCCACUCCGAACACGGCCCAGCUGCUACGCCAGAGCAUGGCAUCGCCGCAGACCUCGCAUACCUCCCCCAACACUCCACCCGAGUCGGGUCUGAGCAGUGCUGCGCCAUCCCGCCCGGCUAGUCCAGGUGGGACCAAGAAUGGUGAGCAGAGCGGUCCAACCACAUGUACCAACUGUUUCACGCAGACUACGCCACUCUGGCGGCGUAACCCAGAAGGCCAACCAUUGUGCAAUGCAUGUGGUCUGUUCCUCAAACUGCAUGGCGUGGUACGACCACUAUCGCUUAAGACCGAUGUAAUCAAGAAACGUAACCGCAACAGUGCCAAUACCAUUGCUGUUGGGUCCUCGCGGGUAUCCAAGAAAUCUUCACGCAAGAACUCGGUUCAACAAGCGCCUCAAUCCUUGCCAAUCUCCAGUCGAGCUCAAAGCAACACCGCAUCCGAGUCUCCUCCCGCAAUGCCGGGUAAUUCAUCCAGUCGAGGGCCCGGAGUCGUUCCUAUUGCGGCUGCGCCGCCUAAAUCUAACCCAACAACUACGUCUCCAGGCACACCUAAUGCUCGCCCGGCGGUCCAAGUGGCGCCAAAACGCCAGCGUCGCUUGGAGAGAGCUUCCGAAGCUGAUGCAGCUGAUGAUGCCAGUCGACCGAGCAACUCAUCUGGUGGAAGAUCCAAGGUUGUUCCGCUGGCUCCGGCCAUGCCUCCAGCAGCAGUUAACCCGGCCAACCACAGCAUUGCUGCCGGUCAAGGAGCCAGCCAAGAGUGGGAGUGGUUGACUAUGAGUUUGUAG